AACCCCUCCCCCUCAUUUAUCCCCCACGCUGCCCAUCCUUCUCCGGUUUCACCCCUUCUCCUCAACCCAGCCGCAGCAGCAGACCCGCCACCGCGGCGCCAUGGCCACCGCCCCCCACAACCACCGCGGCCACCUCGUCCUCCUCGUGCUCUCCCUCGCCGCGGCAUUCGCCGCCGCCGCCGACUCCUCCUCCCACAACAUCACGGCGCUCCUCGACGGCCGCUCGGAGUACACGCUGUACAACAGCUACCUCUCCGAGACCAAGGUGUGCGACGAGAUCAACAGCGAGCACACGGUCACCGUCCUCGUCCUCACCAACGGCGCCAUGUCCUCGCUCGUCGCCAACCUCUCCCUCGCCGACAUCAAGAACGCGCUCCGCAUGCUUACGCUCCUCGACUACUUCGACGAGAAGAAGCUGCACUCCCUCGACGCCGGCUCCGAGCUCACCACCUCGCUCUACCAGAAGACGGGCCAGGCCGCCGGCAACAUGGGCCACGUCAACAUCACCGACCUCCGCGGCGGCAAGGUCGGCUUCGCCUCCGCCGCGCCCGGCGCCAAGUUCCAGUCCACCUACACCAAGCGCGUCGACACGGAGCCGUCCACCCUCUCCGUCCUCGAGGUCUCCGACCCAAUCACCUUCCCGGGCCUCUUCGGCUCCCCGUCGGCCUCCUCGGUCAACCUGACGGACAUCCUCGACAAGGCCGGCUGCAAGCAGUUCGCGCAACUCAUCGUGUCGUCCGGGGUCGUCAAGAUGUACCAGGCCGCCAUGGACAAGGCGCUCACGCUGCUCGCGCCCAACGACGACGCGUUCAAGGCCAAGGGCCUGCCCGAUCUGAGCAAGCUCUCCAGCGCCGACCUCGUCACGCUGCUGCAGUACCACGCGCUGCCGCAGUACGCGCCUAAGGCGUCGCUCAAGGUCGCCAAGGGCGACAUCCCGACCCUGGCCUCCACCGGCGCGGGGAAGUACGACCUCUCCGUCGUCGCCAGCGGCGACGACGUGUUUCUGGACACCGGCUUGGGCAAGUCCCGCGUCGCGUCCACCGUGCUCGACGACACCCCGACGGUGAUCCUCAAGGUGGACAGCUUGCUGCUCCCGUCCGAGCAAUUCGGCGGCGCGCCGUCCCCCGCGCCAGCGCCCGAACCGGCCGCUGACGUGCCCGCUUCGGCCCCGGCUCCCGAAACAUCUGCGCCCGCGCCCUCCCCCAAGGCCGCAGGCAAGAAGAAGAAGGCCAAGUCCCCUUCGCACUCCCCGCCCGCGCCCCCGGCGGACUCGCCCGACCUGGCCCCCGCCGACGCGCCGGAGGGUGACGCCGCGGACAAGGUCGACUCGAAGAAGAACGGCGGCGCCUCAGCGGCCGUGAGCUUCGCGGCCACGGUGGCCUGCAUCGCCCUGCCCGUCGCGGCCUUCUUGUGAGCGGGCGAGCGGCAGGUGUUCGACGCCGAGCCCCGCGUAGUUGUUCGCUCUCUGAGCAUGCGUGAUCUGACGCAAUGCAAUCUGUUGUUGCUCGUGAGUUCUCGUGGGCUCCAUUGAUAAUUUGAUAUGCUCAUCAGGUGUUUCUCCUUCUUCCUGGUUUGCUGGUUGGUAGGUAGUAGAAGUAAGAAUUAUUAGGAUUUGGUACUCCACUUCUCAGGUGGAGACGGAGAGCUCGGAACUGUCAUUUGAGGUUGAUUUGUUCUUCUGUCCUGUGCUCCUUCCAGCUGCAUUCUACUAGCUAUUUCGCA